AUGUUCAAUAACUUGCAGAUAGGUUAUGGGCAAACUCCGCCAAUCCAACCACAAGCGGUAACCGCUAGCGCGACAUCGGGAGGCCCAAACAUACCUAAUGAUCAAGCUAAAUUUGAACAACUCUAUAUCCAAGGUGUUUCUGGGGGAAAGUAUUUAACAGGUGAAGGCGCGAAAGGGAUCCUUUUGCGUUCUAAAUUACCUGCAGAUGCAUUGGCUAAAAUAUGGACGCUUUCAAAUGUAGCGGGAAAUGAACAUCUCACUUUCCCAGAGUUUGCUCUUGCUAUGUAUCUUACAAGUUUAAAGAUAAAAGGACAAGAGCUACCCAAUAAAUUACCUGAAACCAUUUUUAAUGAGCAAUUUUCAGGGUUGGCAGUGGGUCCCAACGUGCUACAGUAUUCUUCUAUCCCUGAUACCUCUGGGGUAUCUGUAAUGCCGGGUAUGUUGCCAUUUACACAACGAAUGAUGCCGCAACAGAAUCCACAACAACAGUAUAGCACCACAGGAUUACAGGGAAAUGCCAAAAUUCCGUGGGCUGUGACACAAGAAGAAAAAAUUCAAUAUAGGACAAUAUUCCGGCAAUGGGAUUCAACAGGAUUGGGAUAUUUAACGGGUGAAAAAGCAAGGGAAAUUCUAUCACAAUCUGGUUUGCCUCAAAAUGAUUUAAUGCAAAUAUGGAAUUUAUCGGAUCCUAAUAACAACGGAAAAUUAAAUCAGGAUGAAUUCGCAGUGGCCAUGCAUUUGAUUUAUAGAAGACUUAACGGCUAUGAUGUACCGACUACACUUCCUCCAGAGCUUAUUCCACCGUCUUCUAGAGAGUUAAAUGAAAGUCUGGAUUUAAUCAAAAGCAUGUUAAGUUCAGAUGCACAUAAUACACAAACGUUAUUAAAUUCCCAACCUGGUGCUCAAUAUGUGAAAUCUAGAAGUUUCACCAGUACCCCUACAAUUGAAUACAAUGAUGCGGUUGUAUACAAACAUAAGGAUGAUGAUGUUGGUUAUGUAUCUGCUGCGAGGCAUCGUGUUCCUUCAGUACCUCGUGAUCGAUCGCCAUCAUCGUUUUCUUCUUUUUCAACAUCUUCUUUUUCUGAAUCUGGCGAUAGGGAUGAUUUUUCUGGAAAAUUGUCAAGAUUAAAAAAGGAAAUUCAUGAAAAGCAAAUUUUAUUAGAAGCGUUGUCGUAUUCGGCUAAAUCAGGUCCAACAUCUUAUGAUCGUUCUUAUUCCAGUAAUUCUUCUGAUAUAGAUGAUUAUAAAUACAAGAUAAAGGAACUUCAACGAAAAAUAGUUGAUGCACAAAAUUCUACUCCUGAAUGGCUUUCAAGAGAAUUUGUUAAGAAUACGGAUGAACUGAAUUCUUUAUUGGAUCAACAUCGUAAUUUUGAUUACGAAUUUAACAAUAUUCUUUCCAGCACUGUUCCAAAUUUAAUUAAUAAGGUUCGAGAAACAAAUAGUAAUGUGGCUACUGCCAAACUAGAACUCUUCAAAAUUAGAGAUGGGCGGGAAGGGGGUUUAAAAAUUAUUGGGACGGGUCCUGGGGGUUCUAUUACUGAAGCUGAUAAAAUUAAAGCGAAGGCACAGGCUAUGCUACAAGAUCAAAUGAUGCGCAUGACUGGAAAGUCUCUUAAUUUUGGUAGUGAUGUAUCCGAUUCAUCAGCGUCAAGGCGAUAUGAAGAGGAAGUGAGUAAGGUUAACUCUGAAAAAGAAAUUAGAGAACGAAAUGUUGCAGAUGUUGAAAGAAAUGUUUCAAGACUUCAAGAUUCGUUAAUACGGAUUGCAAAAGAUCGGGAAGAAAUCGAAGAUAAGUUGCGCCAAAUAGAAAGAAAUAUACGGUCUUAUGAGAAUGAUACUCGGAAAUGGGAGGAUGGAAUUGGUGUAGGUGAAGAAGUUCGGAAAUUCAUCGACGAUCUUAAGAGAGAUGCUCCAAAAUCAUCUUAUCGCACAGAAUAUACCCAAAACAAUUAUUCUUAUGAUGGAAACAAGUACAAUGAACCUCGCUAUUCAUCUACAGGAAAUGAUGCACAUGACCGUAGUCGUUCAAUUUCUUCAAUUUCAAGUUAUAGCUCAGUUAGCAGCUCGGUUCAAAGUUCUUCUAAUGCAAAAACUCCAGGAGAACGUAGUGCUUUUAUUGAAGCAGAGGCAAAACGUAGAAUGCAGGAACGCUUAAAGGCUUUAGGCAUUGAUAACCCAUCACCGGAAAAACCUACACCGUCUUCUGAUUCAUCAACAAUCACCAAUAGACUAAGUCAACAAGAAGCCGAACGAUUAAAAAAAUUGGAAGAGUUUAAACGUGAAGAAGAAGAGAGAAAAAAUAAAUGGCUUACAGAAGCCCAAGAACUUGAGAAAGCGAAGGACAAAAAAUUACGUGAUAAGGAGGAGGCAUCGCGUGCUAUGGAAAUGGAGUUGGAAAGGAGGAGGUUGGAAGAGGUUGAAAGGGAAAAGCGGCAGCAGGAAGAGAGGUUAGCUAGGAUUAGGAGAGAAGAGGAGGAACGUGCUGCCGCUUUACGAGAACAAGAAGCUCUAGUUGAGAAUUCCCGAGCCGCUAGAGAACUUGCAAAAAAAAGAGAGGUCUCAUCUACUACUAAAUCGACUAUAUUUAAACCAUCGUCAAAUAUUCCAGUUGCUCCCCCAGCACCACCAUCAAAUAUUCCAGUUGCUCCUCCAAUGCCAGCAUCAAAUAUUCCAGUUGCUCCUCCAAUGCCAACAAAUAUUCCAUCAGCGCCACCACUACCUCCCUCCUCAAAUAUUCCAUCAGCGCCACCACUACCUCCCUCUUCAAAUAUUCCACCACCACCACCAUUGCCACCUUCUUCAAAUAUUCCAUCAGCGCCACCAUUGCCCCCCUCUUCAAACAUUCCAUCAGCACCACCAUUGCCACCUUCUUCAAAUAUUCCAUCAGCGCCACCAUUGCCACCUUCUUCAAAUAUUCCAGUAGCGCCACCAUUACCACCUUCUUCAAAUAUUCCAGUAGCGCCACCAUUACCACCUUCUUCAAAUAUUCCAGUAGCGCCACCAUUACCGCCGUCUUCAUCAAACAUUCCAUCUACUGAAGACACCCGACCCACAACUAAUUCUCGGCAAAGAACAAUUUUAAAAGCUGAUCGUAGGAUUUCAGCAGAAUUAUUUGGUAGUUUGGCUUCUGAUCAGCUUGCAAGUGAAGGAAAACUUUCGGCACCUACUACCCCCGACAUAACUCAUACAACAUCUAGCGAAAGUGAAGACUAUUUACGUUCUGCCAAUGAAUCAUCAAAUCUCGUAGAAUCGCCAACUACUACUUCAUCUUCCGAAAUUGAUGUGGAUUUCACACAAGAAUUUCGUGUUAAAUCUCUUUAUCCUUAUUCUGGUGGUGUAGAUGACCUUCAGUUUGAGGCUGGAAUUUCUUUCAUAGCACAUCCAUCCAAAACUCAAUCAAAUGCAGACUGGUGGUAUGGUGUGAUUGAACAAACUGGUGCAAAAGGCUGGUUUCCCAAAUCAUAUGUUAAAGAAGAAAAAGAAAUUUGUAAAGCGAAGGUCUUGUUUGAAUGGAAGGCAGAAACUCCCGAUCAGCUUGACAUUGAACAGGGCAUUGUUGUUUCUAUACUCGACAAGUCCUUAGGUGAUUGGUGGAAGGCGGAAUAUGAAGGCACUAAAGGAAUUAUUCCAGCAAAUUAUGUCGAAGAAAUUUCUAGUUAUAGCGCCCAAAACAAAUUAGAUAAGGAUAUGACAGGUGAAGAUGAAACAAGUAACGAUGACACAAGUGAAGAUGAAACUAAUGAAAAUAAUGGCGAUAUACGUGAUAUUGCUAAUAAUUCAAAUUCAGACAGUAUUUUUGACAUAGUUUUCACGGAUCCCAUAACGAUACCAAAAUUUAGCAUUCAAUCUCCUAAAAAUGCCAGUUUUAUAAAAAGUCCAAUAGAAAUAAAUUCUAGAUCAGCUUCACCGAAUUCAUCAGAACCUACAGAAUUUAUAAGAAGUCCAAGUCCAACAAGAUUAUUUGGUUCUAGCCCAAUCAUCACUGUUCCAUGGAUGCAAGGGAUACCAUUCAAAAGAGAGCGUAAUAAUUCUACAGAUUCUAGCCUAAAUCCACAAAAUAUGCCGCAAAGACCAGAAAGUCCAGCUUCGGCAGGCCAAGGACCUUCUACACCCUUGUGGGCAGGAAUAAUUGACCCUAAAAUACUGGAAAGUAUAUCUAAAGAAGAACGUAAACGACAAGAAGCCAUUUAUGAAUUAAUAACCACAGAGCAAAUAUAUCUUCGUGAUCUUCAAAUAAUAAUUAGCGUGUUUUAUGGUCCUCUUCAAAGUCUCCUUUCCGAACAAGAUUUAUCUAUUCUUUUUUGUAAUAUUCAAGACAUUCUAUUAUGUAAUACUGCCAUUCUUAGCGAUCUGGAGCAACGCCAAGAGGAGGAUUCUUAUUUUGUUAGUAAAGUUGGCGAUAUUUUACUCAAUCAUUCUGAAGAUUUAAUAUUAUAUACGAAAUAUUGUGGUAAUCAACUGAAUGCAAGCAAAUUUUUACAAAAAAAAAGUAGUGUAGAUAAAAAAUUUGCUGAUUUCCUUAAGAAAAGUCAGCAAGAUCCGAAAUGUGGGUCAUUGGAUCUUUCUAGCUUUCUUUUGAAGCCUUUACAACGAAUUACUAGAUAUCCAUUAUUAAUACGUCAGAUAUUGCAUUAUACAAGCAAAGACAAUAUCGACCAUCAAAAUAUGAUGCAGGCCCUUCAUAAGGCCGAAAAAAUCUUGGAAGAAACAAACGAGGCAGCACGUGAACAAGAAAACCAGAUGAAAUUGAAAGAGAUAUCAAAUCUUGUGGAAUUAGAAAGUUUAGAAGAGAAACUUGACUUGACUAGUAUGACUCGUCUAGUUGGAAAACGGCAAUUUCUUCUUGAAGGAGCGUUACAGAAAGCUAAAAGUAGGCGCAAUUUAUUUGGCUACCUUUUUAAUGAUAUAUUACUUCUUUGUCAUGCGAACAAAAAAGCAACUGCCAAAGGACACAAAUAUUCGUUGUACAAGCCGCCAAUACCUUUGAAUGAAAUAUUUGUAAAAGAUAUUGGACCAGAUGAAACAUGUUUUCAAGUGGUUCAUAUUCAAGAUGUUAUAAACCUUCGAGCAAGUAAUGUGUCUGUAAAACGGCAGUGGGUUAAUCAACUUGAAACAGCGAAUGGAUAUUGCUUAGCAAUGGAAAGGAAAAAUCAAAAAGGAGAAAGUUCCUCUUCACCCAUGUUUAAUGGCCACAUUAGUGGUACACUCAGGGUUUUAGUGUACGAAGGUGUGGUUCCAUUUGAAAAUGGGUCAGAAAAUUUUAAUCUAAAUGCAUAUUGCCAGGUGCAAUUGAGCAGACAAGUCUUUAAGACAAAAAUUGUUAAAGGUACUCCAUUUCCGCACUGGAAUCAGCAUUUGAUGUUUUCCGUAAUAACACUAGAGGAUACAUUAAAAGUCUCAUUAUUUAAUUUUGAUAAUAAGUACACAACGGAUGAAUAUUUGGGACAAGCAGAAAUUGGUCUACAUUUCCUAUCAUAUUAUGGAGAUAAUGAGACCGAUAAAAUUACAUUAAAAUUAAAGGACGUACCACCGGGCAGAACCUCUGGUUCUGUGUCGAUGUUCCUAAGUUAUAAAGCAACCAACUAA